CUUCGGGCCGGCGGCCGCCUCUCGUUCAGCGAGGAGCCGUGUGUGGGGGUGGAUAAAAUUCUUUGGCUUUCCUUGUGGCUUGUUUAGUUUGGUUUUGAAAGCGCGCGAGUUCGGUUCGGUUCAACCGCGCGCGGAACGACCCGGAACGCGUUUUCCCGGUUCCUCGUCUGGAGGCGUACAGGACACAACGACGACGACGACGACGACGCUCGGUCCGGUCCAUUCGCAGUCCACUUCGACGGCCGCGGCCCCCGAGAGUGCAAAUGUAAAAUUAAUUUGGCUUCAGGAUAAGAAUAGAUUGCUUUCGAGUGACAUACGACCGCAUUCGCACGAUGAAGACGGUUGAUUUCUAGGAAGCCUGGCACGUGUCGGUGGUUUAGAUGUACAAAUAAAUUCGGCCCUAUUUCGAUUCCCAGGAUCUAAUCAAGGAUCAGUGUUAAUUGAAACAGAUGAAGAAGUUAUUUCUAGAAGAAAAUUAAUAGAAUUUGGUGCAAGUGAUUUAGUUCGGGAACGGUCAGUGCUCCACAACCUCAAAAAAUAAAAUAAAGUGAAAAUGGGCGACUUUCCGUUGAAUAACUCGCUGGCCGAGUUUUUGGUGUUAUCGUCGUCGCCGGGUGAUUUGAACAAUGUGAGUCUCGUUGAAGAUGUUGGCGCUGGAAACCUCACCAAGGAAGUCACACGUUCGCUGAUCAGGCCCAGCUACUACAUCAUAGUGAUAGCGCUAUCAUAUCUCUUUGGAUGCGUCGGGAAUCUCAUAGCGCUAAUCUAUCUAUGGAACAGGAAGAACGUCCGGAAUACCAAACAUUCCCUUAUGCUGAAAUGUUUACUCACAAACGACCUAAUCGGACUGACGGGUAUGUUCGUCCAGAUGUACUUGCACCGGUACCUGCCACAGGAGAUCGUCGACGCCAAUAUGCACCACUUCUGCUUCUUCCGGGUGAUUUGGCGCGUGUUCGGGAUCAGUUCCGGCUGUGUCGCGUUCGUCAUGGCACUGGAGCGGUACAUCGCACUCACGAAGCCGUUUUUCUAUCAUAAGCAUGUGUCCGAUAAAAUGAUAAGGAGAUCGAUAUUCCUGCUCUGGGCGGUGGGAGCAUUCUUCACGUUUCUUCCUUUGUUCGGCUUCGGGAUCUACUACGACGAGAGGAAGCAGACGUGCAUCCGAUAUCGGGACGCCACCGACCCCACCAACGUCGCCUACGCCUAUCUGUUCUUCAGUGUCGGUAUAAUCCUGUGCACGGGGAUAGUGAUAUGCAAUCUGAGCGUGCGCAAGGUACUGUAUCAGUCCCACCACAAGAUGCGAAGGCAGUUCCGCUCAAUCCAGCCGAUGCCGAUGGUGGAAAGGGCCACCCUAAGGAGCUCGCAAAAAUCGACCAGCUUCACCGAUUCGUCCAUCUUCCGGAUGGUCGGCGAACCAACGACGGAGGAAAUCCGCUUCGCCAAACUGAUGACGUUCCUGAGCAUCAGUUUCCUCGCCUGUUGGCUCCCGCAGAUGGUGUCCAUCCUUCUGGCUCAGCUGUUGAAACCGGAAGUAAAGGCACGGUUUACCUGGUUCUUCGCUCUGUCCGACAUACUGAUCCUACUGCACUUCAUGCUCGAUCCCUACAUCUACGUCCUGCUGAGACAGAGUGGCCGCAGCGACUUACGAACCAUGAUCCGGUACGUGUUCAGCCGGAGUCAGUUCAACAUCAUGGACACGGCCAUCACGCCCAUUCAGAAAAUUCAGACCAACUCGUCGCCUCUACCCUAAGCCUCCGAAAACCAAACCAAAAAACUAACGACCCCAAGAAUGACUUCUCACACCAAAAAAAAAAAUCACCAAAACAACCCAGUACGCUUGUUUUAUACACCCUUGUCUCCCUUAUCCUAGGUUGGCGUGGCCAGCGCGCAAAGCUCCCGCGAGGGACAAAGGACGAGACACGGUUACCACGACGGAUACCAGCGACUGAGAAGGGGGAUGCGCUUGCUUUCCUCUCGUCGGGAUAUGGGGAUGUUGUGUCAAAGCUUUAAAAAAAGCCUAUUCUCCGUACCAGAAUGCAAUUGAAAACGCGCAUACCUGCUCUAGUAUUGGAGGAAAAAUACUCAGGAACUAUUUUUAUAAUGCUUCCUGAAGGUGGAUUGCAAUUUUAUCCAGUCUAUCUACAAUUAUCAUCGCUUUGGUCAAAGUUCAAAUUACAAAAUACGUAACAACAACAAACCAAGUUUGGAUGUGAUCAAACGUUGUCGAACAACAUACAUUAUGUUACCAAAAUCAAGAGAAAUAUAUUAUCCUUUGGAUAUGGUUGAAAUAA